UCUCAAGUUGACAGCGGCCAAAAAAACAGCAAAAACGAAGAAAACCGCAAGAAGAAACAAGUUUGUGCGAAAGAGGAUUUUUGGAACAAAACUCUUCGCGAUUUUGCCUUUUCGUAGCCACACAAACUAUCUAUCGCUUUAAACAUGCUGAUCAAAGUGAAGACUCUCACCGGCAAGGAGAUCGAGAUCGACAUCGAGCCAACGGACAAAGUGGAUCGGAUCAAGGAGCGUGUAGAGGAGAAGGAAGGCAUUCCGCCACAACAACAGCGUUUGAUUUUCUCCGGAAAACAGAUGAAUGACGAUAAAACUGCCCAGGACUACAAGGUGCAAGGUGGUUCCGUGCUUCAUCUGGUGUUGGCAUUGCGCGGUGGAGCUGCCGGAAGUAUGUAAUCAAAUCCGUGGUCUAGCCACGGAUGGUGCCGUUUCUUUGGCCUGACGAUAGGCGAUGGGUUGUCAACGUUUUUGCUUUAAAUUAUUUGAUAUUGUACGAACGAAAUAAAAGCAUGAUGGUCAUCGCGACCUGAUCUUGGGCAACACAAAGCA